GACCUAGUCAAACAAGCCACGUAGGCGUCACGUCAGCCAAAACCACCUUCAAAACCGCCGAGGGACCUCGUUUGCCCGGAUUUCAUAAGUUGAGGGAUGGGUUAUACCCGGUUUUGUGGUCAAGGGAUGAAAAUCGGACUAGGAGACAAAUAGAGGGACCCAAAGUGAACUUAUUCCCAGACGUGCAGCGUGCCCUGACCCCCCUCGAUGCGUCCGCCACUCGCAGCCGUCCAGAGCGGCGGGGGUGCCCGCCUCGAGAUUGGCUCCCUGGGCUGCUCGCCUAGAACGUUCCAGUUCACCCCCCCCCCCCCCACCAACGCCAAACGGCGCGGAUCCGCCCGUCCCACGGAGAGCAGCACAUCACGGCUGUCCACGUGGCCGCGCCGCACGGGCCGCGCGUCUCAUCCAUCCCCUCCCCUCUCCCAGCCUGGCACGCAUCACGAGGGCGGCGUCGAGCACGAAGCGGAUUACACGAGUGAUAAACCUUAAUCCGGAUUUAUAAGCGCGGAUUAAUUACCUACCUGCUUACGUCCUCCGUGCUUAAGCAUCGGAUCGUAUAAAAUCCGCCCAAGGAUGAGGGGGGAGAUAGAAAAUAAUAAUAAGAAGAACAGAUUGUAUAAUCUGGGUAUUUUUCUCCCCAACUUUCCUCUCUCGGUUUCCCCGAGAAAUUUCUUGUUGUUUCCCGCAUCACUCCCCACUGAGCCGCCUCCUUGCUCGCCGCUCGCGUUCGUCGUCGUCUCGUCGUUUCCACAAUCAAUUUGACGUCGCCCCUAUUUAUGUCCUGCCUCGGUAGUUGAUUCCUCCCCAUUUCUGUUGCCUCUCGCGGUUGUGGUAAUCGACGCUGUAGGAUUUUUUUCUUCUUCUUCUUUUGGGUCUUCGGAGGAGGCGUCCGGAUCUUUCGUCCCCAUCGAUCCCUUCCGGCCACGGACAUUUCGUGGGUAGAGCGAUUGAUUGGUGGCUUAGGGUUAAUAUUGGGCAGGAAAUGGAGAGCUCUUUGAAAGAGGAGAAGGCUGCGGGCGAAUCAGGGGAUGAUGAGAAGGCGGAGAGGAGCUCCCCUAUCAAUCUGAAUUCGUUGCCAGCAACUGCGGCGUGUGCGGCGACCGCCCCGGAUGAGGAUGGCUUGCACUCUGCAGUGGAGUCAGGAGCUAAGGAUUCGAACACCACGAAGGGAGUUGAGUCUCUUGGUACUGGUCACAAGAAGAUCCCGAAACGUGAGGUAGUUGAUGAAGUUGAUGUUCAGACCUGUGCCGAAGGAAAGAACGAUUCAGUGGUCCCUUCAAGCAGCAAGAACCCUAUCAAUGAUAAGAAUGCAAAGGCAAAUGUGGCAGAGAAUGGACAGUCUGCUGAUGGUAUCCCUGAGGAUCAGAGAGUUACUAUUCUUAGUGUUGUCAAGAAGGAUGAGCCUGCUGAUGAUGUUAGAGAUUCAGUUAAUCCUGUAACAGUCGUAGGUUAUAGAGAUGAGAAGGGUGGAACUAGUGGUACUGCUGGAACUACGGCUGUGCGACCUGCAGGCACCCGGUCAUCUAGUUUCCAUGGUGUGACCAGGCAUAGAUGGAGUGGAAAAUAUGAAGCUCAUCUGUGGGACAGUUCGUGCAGAAUGGAAGGGCGGAGAAGAAAGGGAAGGCAAGUUUAUUUAGGAAGUUAUGAUACCGAGGAAAAAGCUGCCAGGUCAUAUGAUGUUGCAGCUCUUAAAUACUGGGGCCAAAAUACAAAGCUGAAUUUCUCGGUUUCAGAAUACGAAAGGGAACUGGAGGACAUAAGGGACAUGUCUCGAGAGGAAUGCGUAACAUACCUAAGAAGAAGAAGUAGCUGCUUCUCAAGAGGGGCUUCUAUUUAUAGAGGAGUUACUAGGCAGAAAGAUGGGAGGUGGCAGGCACGCAUAGGACUGGUUGCUGGAACAAGAGACAUUUACCUGGGAACUUUCAAAACUGAGGAAGAAGCAGCGGAGGCUUACGACAUUGCUGCUAUUGAGAUCCGUGGCAAAAAUGCGGUGACCAACUUUGAUCGAAGCAACUACAUGGAGAAGGGUAUGCACUGUAUAGAAGGGGCAGGCUUGAAGCUGCUUGCGUCUAAGCCAGAAUGAAAACUUGACUUGGUGGAGCCGCAUCGCAUAUUAGGGUUGUUUCAGUCAUAUUUGGAGCUUAGUGGUACAUACAGAUACAACUGGUUGCAGCUUGUUAAUAUCUCUGCGUUAUAAUCUACAAAUUACAGCUCAAUUUUCGAUUGACUAGCAAAUUCGUCUCAGCAAGAAAGAUUUUGAGCAUGUAUUAUAGGUUGAGUAGGGUAGAUCUGUACAACACCUGAGCAACUCAAUAUUUAUGUUCUGCUCAAUAUAACCUAUCAUUCCAGAUUGUAUGUUCCCCGUUGUCAUUGAAAAUGACUGCACGUUUGUGGGGAUUCUUCUGUUCAGAGUUCACAUUCUCGAUGAAUUUCGAACA